AGGUUUAUGCCGUUGUGAACCCGGCUAAUGACAUGCAAGAAUACAGCAUUUAUCUUGCUAUUAUUCUCAUUAAGUGGUAUCCUCAGUACCACAACAGAUACCUAUAGCAUUGUUGUACUUUACCUUCACUACAUUUGAUAACAAUUCACAAUUUUUAAACGUCAAGAAUACAAAAACUGAAGCAACAGAUUGUCCGUCUCGCCAUGACGUUUCGGCGGUCGCCACCGCUGCUGGGACAUUCACCACUUCUGCUGGUGCUGCUAUUGCUCCCUCUGUCCAGUCAGCUGGCUGCCUCAUCCGACCCUCUCCCGUCCGACCUCGCCGGCCUGUCCGAGCUGUUGACGGCACGGUACGCCCCCAACUCUACCUGGACAGAGUCGGCCGUGACGCGUCUGGCGACCGCCGUCCAGCGUGCUGUCACCUGUGACGCUGCGUCCUGCGGCUCCCCGCCCACCGGCUGUGUGCCGGCGCAGAGCCUGUUGGACGGACUCGGACCCGAGGCGGUCACCCUGGAGCGGCUAUGUCCGGUGGUGUUACACCAGGCGCAGCAGCCGGGAUGUCUGGCGCGGCUGGCGAAGCGCGAGGCGCCCGCCAAGCGCAGCCGUCCGUCGCCGGCGGAGGUCUGGGGAUAUGGUGUGCUGUUCGUCACCGUCAUCAGCUUGUCGUCCAUCUUUGCCGUGCUGCUGCUGCCGCUGCUGGGGCGCGUCAACUUUGAGCGGCUGAUGCCGGGCCUGAUCGGACUGGCGGUCGGUUCGCUGUCGUCCAGUGCGCUCUUCCAUCUCAUACCGCAGGCGUUUGGAAUGGUGGUAGAGGGUGCCGGCCACGGGUACCUGAACACGUCACUCUGUGUGCUGGCCGGAGCCUGGUUCUUCUUCAUGAUAGAGAGGCUGAUGAAGAUAACGCUCGACUUCAAAAAGCGCCGGUCGUCUGCUGAUGGGGACGAACCUCGCCUGGACUCAGUACUGGAGUCGCCCGGGACGCGCGGGCCGUGCAGCAGUCCUUCCAGCAGCACUGUGGGCGACCCGUCCACCGGCUGUGGCGGUGUGGUGCUGCCCAGCUCCCGGGACGUCAAAGCCACGCACCUGGAGCCCGUGAGGGCCAUGUUCGGACAGGUUGAGGAGAAACCCCACAGCCACCACCACCACGACCACGAGCUGGCGCUGCGCCGCGGCUCAGGGGUCGCCAGCGAGAUCGCCAUCGUCGCCUGGAUGAUCAUCUUCGGCGACGGCUUCCACAACUUCCUCGACGGCCUGAGCAUCGGCGCCGCCUUCAGCGAGAACAUCCUGACCGGCAUCAGCAUCAGCCUGGCCGUCCUCUGCGAGGAGCUGCCGCACGAGCUCGGUGACUUCGCCGUGCUUCUGGACGCCGGCAUGACGGUACGUCAGGCGGUGGUGUACAACUUCCUCUCGGCGUGCACCUGCUACCUUGGCCUGGUGCUCGGGGUACUGAUCGGCGACUUCACAGAGUCGACCAGCUUCGUGUUCGCCCUGGCAGCCGGCAUGUUCCUCUACAUAGCGCUGGUGGAUAUGGUGCCUGAGAUGAACGAGGCGGCCGAGAAGGCCAGCUCUAUCAGCGUCUACCGCGGCCUGCGCGUGCUGCUCGCCCAGAACAUCGGCAUCCUACUGGGCGUGUUCUCCCUGUUCGCUCUCGCCUACUUCUCAGACAGCCUGACGAUCGGCUGACCGCGGUGGGAACACGGCUUUAGCAAUACGUCUCGGUGUGGAGGCAGCUUUAGUGGCACCGCCGGUGCCAGGCCGCGGCAGGCGGUCCUCUUCCCUGGCUGCCAAGCAGCCGAGGUUGUGAGUUACAUGAGUUAAGACUUAAAUGUCUCACAUGACUGAGUUACUUAUAGCAGCCGUAAUGGUCACGUGUUUGUCGUGGGUCCAAUAGCAGAUCUAAGGGUUGAUCUGGCAUUUCUAUGUACUUAUCUUUGAAUCCAGUUUACAUUUCUGUAUUAGUUUUUACCUUGUCACUUAUUGAAGGAACUUAUUGAGAUUUUACCAAGCACGACAUUUCAAUAGUAUUAAUGGAUGUUGAGAUUUCCCGACGUACUUAAUAGCGUGUUCCCGAUUCCCAUGUUUACAUGAGGAACUAUGCGUCGAAUCUUCCACAGACUUACAACUGUAACAUAUUGUUACUGUAAUAUUUGUUAUGCAGCAAGAUGGCAUGCCUUAGACUGCUACCUUACCCUGUGUAAUUGUUGGCACCAUAUUCAUCAUUGCGAAGUCAUUUCAAUAUCCAUUUGUUAUCCGUAGAGUACAAGUAAUGGUUCAAAAUAGCACCGAUUUCCAUUUUCAAACGUUGUUAAGGCCGGCUAUUAAAACCAUAUCAUGUGGCCUGAAGCCAGGUGUCUCACCUCACGGUGGCUAUAAAAAAAUGUUUGAAAUUUCGGCACUGACUCGAGAAUAUUCCCUAUUGAGUACUUAGGUUUGUGCUGAGUGCAGUUUUUCCACCAGCCUCCAUUGAACCCACAUCGGUGGGGCGCCUCAGAGUUGUUCUUCCACGAGUGUGCUGGUUUUGGGCAGUUGCCUAACCGUCCCACUGCCUAGCGGACUGUUCCCUGUAGGCUAGACGGCCUGGUGCUGUGGCAGGCGACCGGUGUCUGCCAGCCACGCUAUUUGGACAGUAGGGCCCCAGCACUGAACAGGGUCAGGUCGAAAUGUUUUCAUUGUCAGAAUAUGACGUCAAAGUCUGUCGUGAAAUCAGCUAGGCCUAGCCUCUUAGAGGAAUAAAUAUGAAUAUUGUAAUUAACAGGCAUUUAUCUUAUAUCUCUGAUAUCUCUUAUAUCUGGUAUCAAUGACAUUGAACGCAUGAAUUCCGAAAUCCAAUUGUUUUCAAUGGGCAGAUCGACGAAGCCAGAGGCAACGCUCAGCAUAGCUUGUCGUGUAGACCCUUUCCGAUCGGGAAAAUUCGUUCAUGAAAAAGUCAAACUUGCAUCCAUCAAUUUUGUCGUUGGUUAGCGUCGUGUUGUUCCAGACUAGCCUUGUUUAAUAACGAUAAUGUAACUUUUGUACCGUCGUGGAAUGAUGUGUGUCUGAUGGGUAGCUUGCCGCUACACUGUUAUUCGGAGUUGAUGCUGAUUGACUGGAUGAGAUUUUCACGGGGAAAUGUGGCAGCUCCCGCCUACCUUUGAGUUGCAUGUUGUAUGGCAGUAGGCAAAUCAUGAAGUCUGCACAGUGCAGAUUAUGUGUGAAUAGUUUGUGCUGCUGCAACGUAUGUUUUUUCGCCCUGUGGCCAGUUUUGUAAGAUUAUGUGACGUGAGUGAUUGCGUUACGGGUAUGCAGCUGGCCGUCGCGUGGAAUUUCAUAUUAUUUAUACGCGUAUUUGUGACACUGAAGUUCUCCUCUGUUGUGUUCGGAGUUAUGUAUAUUUGCUCUGUUGGUUUUAGCAGCGCGGUAUAGGAAAAGACGCGUCCUGGGUCUGAAUGACGGAUCUGAACCAAUAUGCACGGUGCAGUGAAGCCUGUGUUGACAUCACCCGAGCUUGUUUGUGCUAAAACGUUU